GUUUCGAUAAAACUCAAUCGGCAUUGCGUCUAACUUUCCUUUCGGGUUUGCAAGUUUCCGUGAGAAAUUACCACCCCUGCGCGGGAUUCCAAUGAAUUUGGGAGAUGGGAAGUAAAAUGGAUAAUCCUGGACCGCAGGCAGCUGAAGAAUUGGAUCUAGCCCAGUGGCGUGUUCCAGUUUCCCUGCUGGAGCCCCAACUCUAGCAGCCCAGAGCGGAACGCGAGCAAAGGUGGGCAGCUCCAGGCCGCUGGUCCCCUCACUUCCAAGACAACCUGUUGCGCCUUCUAUCUCCUCCCCUCCCCGCGGUUUCCCCGCCUCGGCCCCUAGGAGCUGAUUGGCAGAAAUCACGACCCAACCCUCGACUGGGGGCCUCCUCUCGGGACCGACGAUUGGCCUCCUGGGAGGACUGGAGUAAGGGGGUGCGAGGGGAGGGCUUUCCCUCAAAGUCCAGGGUCCCGGGACCUGGGAAGAAGGAGCGAAGGGACUCAGUUCUCCGCGCGACAGAACCGCGAGCGGCGGAGCCCGACGGGCCGGGAGGGCUUAGCCUCCGCUGCAGCUCCAGCCCGGACCGCGCCGCGCAGCUCCCCCAUCCUCUGGCCCAGCCUCGGCUGCAGCAGGUCCCCGCAGGCAGCGUGCGGCGUUCCUGGCACUUUUCGGAGGAGUUUCUCGCUCUCUUCCCGAGGACUGACUGCGCGCGCUCAGGCUGACUUGUCCGAGCCCUAACACCCGGAUCAUGCACGCAGCCGAGACCCCUGGGAUCUCCUCCCGCGCGCUCUACGCAGCCAACCCCACCAGUUUUCAGCUGAUGCCUCCGCCGCCGCCCCGGCUGCUGCUGGUGCUGCUGAUUCUCCUGUCACUGGUAAGCUGCGUCCCCGCACAGCACCCGGCCCCCGGCCUGGCAUUGCUAUCCCCUGAUCUCGCGGGGGUUGCAGGGGUCCCCGCCGAGGAGACCAUAGUGCUGGUGAACCGUGGGCUCCGCGUACCCUUCGGCCGUGAGGUCUGGCUGGAUCCACUGCACGACCUGGUGCUGCAGGUGCAGCCGGGGGACCGCUGCGCGGUGACCGUGCUAGACAACGAUGCGCUGGCCCAGCGGCCCGGCCGCCUGAGUCCCAAGCGCUUCCCGUGCGACUUCGGCCCUGGAGAGGUGCGCUACUCGCACCUGGGCGCGCGCAGCCCGUCGCGGGAUCGCGUCCGGCUGCAGCUGCGCUAUGACGCGCCCGGAGGGGCGGCAGUGCUACCCUUGGUGCUGGAGGUGGAGGUGGUCUUCACCCAGCUGGAGGUUGUGACUCGGAACUUGCCCCUGGUCGUGGAGGAGCUGCUGGGAACCAGCAAUGCCCUGGAUGCGCGGAGCCUGGAGUUCGCCUACCAGGCCGAGACGGAGGAGUGUCGCGUGGGCAUCCUGUCGAGCUUGGGCGCGCUGCCUCGCUAUGGGGAACUCCUCCAUUACCCACAGGUCCCGGCACGAGCCAGCGAGGGGGGCGCCCAGGAGCCUCUCCUGAUGGCCUGCAAAGCUUUCCAGGAGCUAGGCGUGCGCUACCGCCACACAGCCCCCAGCCGUUCACCAAACAGGGACUGGGUGCCCAUGGUGGUGGAGUUGCGCUCACGAGGAUCUCCUGUGGGCACCCCUGCUUUGAAACGUGAGCACUUCCAGGUGCUGGUGAGAAUUCGAGGAGGGGCCGAGAACACCGCACCCAAGCCCAGUUUUGUGGCCAUGAUGAUGAUGGAGGUGGACCAGUUCGUACUGACCGCCCUGACCCCAGAUAUGCUGGCAGCUGAGGACGCUGAGUCUACCUCUGACCUGUUGAUCUUCAAUCUCACCUCUCCGUUCCAGCCUGGUCAGGGCUACUUGGUGAGCACUGAUGAUCGCAGCCUGCCCCUCUCUUCCUUCACUCAGAGGGAUCUGCGCCUCCUGAAAAUUGCCUACCAGCCCCCCUCUGAGGACUCCGACCAGGAGCGUCUCUUUGAGCUGGAGCUGGAGGUAGUGGACCCAGAAGGAGCAGCCUCAGAUCCUUUUGCCUUCAUGGUAGUGGUGAAGCCCAUGAACACACUGGCUCCGGUGGUCACCCGGAAUACUGGUCUCAUUCUCUAUGAGGGCCAGUCUCGGCCCCUCACAGGCCCUGCAGGAAGUGGACCACAAAACUUAGUCAUCAGCGAUGAGGACGACCUAGAGGCAGUGCAGCUGGAGGUGGUGGCUGGGCUACAGCAUGGUCACCUUGUCUUUCUGGGUGCCUCCAGUGGCAGCUCCGCUCCUAAGACCUUUACAGUAGCUGAGCUAGCAGCUGGCCAGGUGGUCUACCAUCACGAUGACAAAGAUGGCUCAUUGAGUGACAACCUCGUGCUUCGAAUGGUGGACGGAGAUCGCAGGCACCAGGUGCAGUUCCUGUUUCCUAUCACCUUGGUGCCUGUGGAUGACCAGCCGCCAGUCCUCAAUGCCAACACGGGGCUGACACUGGCAGAGGGUGAAACAGUGCCCAUCCUGCCCCUCACUCUAAGUGCGACUGACAUGGACUCAGAUGACUCUCUACUGCUUUUUGUGCUGGAGUCGCCCUCCUCAACUACGGGGCAUCUGCUUCUCCGCCAAGUCCAUCCUCCCCGUGAGGAGGAGGAGCUUAUCAGGGGCCCUUGGAGGAAACAGGGAGAAUUCUAUGAGAAAACAGUGACAGAGUGGCGGCAGCAGGACAUAGUGGAGGGGAGGCUGUUCUACAGGCACUCUGGGCCCCAUAGUCCUGGCCCAGUGAUGGACCAGUUCACAUUUCGAGUCCAGGAUAACCAUGACCCCCCUAAUCAGUCUGAGCUACAGAGGUUUGUGAUUCGCAUUCAUCCGGUGGAUCGCCUCCCUCCAGAGUUGGGCAGCGGCUGUCCCCUUCGGAUGGUGGUACAGGAAUCCCAGCUCACACCGUUGAGGAAGAAGUGGCUGCGCUACACUGACCUGGACACAGAUGACCGAGAACUACGUUACACGGUGACUCAGCCCCCAAUGGACACAGAUGAAAACCACUCACCAGCCCCAUUGGGCACCUUGGUCCUGACUGACAACCCUUCAGUUGCGGUAGCCCAUUUUACACAAGCCCAGAUCAACCACCAUAAAAUUGCUUACAGACCUCCAGAUCAAGAACUAGGAGUGGCAGCCCGAGUGGCCCAGUUCCAAUUCCAGGUAGAGGACCGAGCUGGGAAUGUGGCUUCAGGCACCUUCACCCUUUACUUGCAGCCAGUGGACAACCAGCCACCUGAGAUUCUCAACACUGGCUUCACUGUUCGGGAGAAGGGCCACCAUAUCCUGAGUGAGACUGAGUUGCAUGUGAAUGAUGUAGACACUGAUGUAGCCCACAUCUCUUUCACUCUCACACAGGUACCCAAACAUGGCCACAUGAGGGUGUCUGGGCAAAUACUGCAUGUAGGUGGGAUUUUCCACUUGGAGGACAUAAAACGGGGUAGGAUUUCCUAUGCCCAUAGUGGGGAUGAGUCUCUGACUGAUAGCUGCUCCUUGGAGGUCAGCGACAGACACCAUGUGGUGCCCAUCACUCUCAGGGUGAAUGUCCGGCCAGUGGAUGAUGAGAUGCCCAUGCAGCGCCUUCCUGCUGGUACUCUAGGGUCAUAUCUAGAUGUUUUAGAAAAUGGGGCUACUGAAAUCACUGCCAAUGUCAUCAAGGGGACUGAUGAGGACACUGAUGACUUGAUGUUGACCUUCCUCUUAGAAGAUCCACCCUUAUAUGGAGAAAUCCUGGUCAAUGGAGUUCCAGCAGAGCAGUUUACCCAAAGGGACAUCUUGGAGGGCUCUGUCGUCUAUGCCCACACUAGUGGUGAGAUAGGCCUAUUGCCCAAAGGGGACUCUUUCAACCUGAGUCUGUCGGAUAUGUCUCAAGAAUGGAGAAUAGGUGGUAAUACUAUCCAAGGAGUUACUGUGUGGGUGACCAUCCUCCCUGUCGACAGCCAGGCCCCAGAAAUUUCUCUAGGUGAACGGUUUAUAGUAAUGGAAGGUGAUAAAAGUGUUAUAACUUCAAUGCAUAUAAGUGCUAAAGAUAUUGAUUCCCUAAAUGAUGACAUCUUGUGCAUUAUAGUUAUUCAGCCUACCUCAGGUUAUGUUGAAAACAUUUCUCCAGCCCCGGGCUCUGAAAAAUCAAGAGCGGGAAUUGCCAUAAGUGCCUUCACUCUGAAAGAUCUCAGGCAGGGUCAUAUUAACUAUGUCCAGAGUGUUCACAAAGGGGUGGAACCUGUGGAAGACCGAUUUAUCUUUCGUUGUUCUGAUGGCAUUAAUUUUUCAGAGAGACAUUUUUUCCCCGUUAUAAUCAUUCCUACCAAUGAUGAACAGCCAGAAAUAUUUAUGAGGGAAUUUAUGGUGAUGGAAGGCAUGAGUCUGGUGAUUGAUACACCCAUCCUCAAUGCUGCUGAUGCUGACAUUCCUCCAGAUGACUUAACUUUCACUAUUACCCAAUUUCCUACUCAUGGUCACAUCAUGAACCAGCUGAUAAAUGGAACAGUUUUGGUUGAAAGCUUCACCUUGGACCAGAUCAUAGAGAGUUCCAGCAUUAUUUACGAGCAUGACGACUCUGAGACCCAGGAAGACAGUUUUAUGAUUAAACUAACAGAUGGUAAGCACUCUGUGGAAAAGAUGGUCCUCAUUAUUGUUAUCCCUGUUGAUGAUGAGACCCCCAGAAUGACCAUCAAUAAUGGACUAGAAAUAGAAAUUGGGGAAACCAAAAUUAUCAACAACAAAAUAUUAAUGGCAAGUGAUUUAGAUUCUGAAGACAAAUCCCUGGUUUAUAUUAUUCGUUAUGGGCCAGGACAUGGCUUAUUACAGAGACAAAAGCUUACAGGUGCCUUUGAAAAUAUCACACUGGGCAUGAAUUUUACCCAGGAUGAAGUGGACAGAAACUUAAUUCAGUAUGCCCAUUUUGGGCAAGAGGGCAUUCGAGACCUAAUUAAAUUUGAUGUGACUGAUGGAAUAAAUGCCCUCAUAGAUCGCUACUUUUAUGUAUCUGUUGGGAGCAUUGACAUUGUCUUCCCUGAUGUGAUAAGUAAGGGAGUGUCCUUGAAAGAAGGUGGUAAAGUCACCCUCACAACAGACCUACUAAGCACUAGUGAUUUGAACAGUCCUGAUGAAAACUUAGUUUUUACCAUCACCAGGGCUCCCGUGAGAGGUCACUUAGAAUGCACAGAUCAACUCGGAGUGUCCAUCACAUCUUUCACUCAGCUCCAACUGGCUGGCAACAAAAUCUACUACAUCCACACAGCUGAAGAUGAGGUCAAGAUGGACAGUUUUGAGUUUCAAGUCACCGAUGGACGAAACCCUGUCUUCCGGACAUUCCGUAUCUCCAUUAGUGAUGUGGACAACAAAAAGCCAGUGGUCACCAUCCAUAACCUGGUUGUCAGCGAAGGUGAAAACAAGCUGAUCACUCCCUUUGAACUCACUGUCGAAGACAGAGAUACUCCUGACAAAUUCCUGAAAUUCACUGUCACCCAGGUGCCUGUUCACGGUCAACUGCUAUUCAACAACACCAGACCUGCCGUGGUUUUUACCAAGCAAGACUUGAAUGAAAACUUAAUCAGCUACAGACAUGAUGGCACUGAGUCAAGUGAAGACAGCUUCUCCUUCACAGUGACUGAUGGUUCCCAUACAGAGUUCUAUGUUUUUCCUGACACAGUAUUUGAAACAAGAAGACCCCAAAUGAUGAAGAUCCAGGUCUUAGCUGUUGACAAUAGUGUCCCCCAAAUUGCAGUGAACAAAGGGGCCUCUACACUUCGUACUCUGGUCACUGGCCACUUGGGGUUCAUGAUCACAAGCAAAAUAUUGAAAGUGGAGGACAGAGACAGCUUACGUUUUUCUCUUAGGUUUAUUGUGACAGAGGCCCCUCAACAUGGAUACCUCAUCAACCUGGGCAAAGGCAACCACAGUGUCACUCAGUUUACACAAGCUGACAUUGAUGACAUGAAAAUAUGCUAUGUUUUAAGAGAAGGGGCUAAUGCCACCAGCGAUGUGUUCCAUUUUACGGUUGAAGAUGGUGGUGGAAACAAGUUAACCAAGCAGCAUUUUCGUCUGAAUUGGGCAUGGAUCUCCAUUGAAAAGGAAUAUUACCUGAUCAACGAGGACUCCAAAUUUCUAGAUGUCGUUCUGAAACGUAGAGGCUACUUGGGAGAGACUUCAUUUAUAAGUAUUGGCACAAGAGAUGGGACUGCAGAAAAAGACAAAGACUUCAAGGGCAAAGCACAGAAACAAGUACAGUUCAACCCAGGCCAGACCAGGGCCACAUGGAGAGUAAGGAUCAUGAGUGACGGGGAGCAUGAGCAGUCUGAGACCUUCCAGGUGGUUCUCUCAGAGCCUGUGCUGGCUGCCCUGGAAUUCCCUGCAGUGACUACAGUGGAGAUCGUUGACCCAGGAGAUGAAUCAACUGUAUUUAUUCCCCAGUCUGAAUACUCCAUUGAAGAAGAUGUUGGUGAACUGUUCAUUCCCAUCAGGAGGAGUGGAGACGUGAGCCAGGAGUUGAUGGUGAUCUGUUAUACGCAACAAGGAACAGCGAGUGGAACUGUGCCAACAUCUGUGCUGUCCUAUUCUGAUUACAUAUCCAGGCCUGAGGACCACACCAGUGUUGUCCGCUUUGACAAAGAUGAGCGGGAGAAAAUGUGCCGGGUUGUUGUUAUUGACGACUCCUUGUAUGAAGAGGAGGAGACAUUCCAUGUCCUUCUGAGCAUGCCUAUGGGUGGGAGAAUUGGAUCCCAGUUCCCAGGAGCUCGGGUUACAAUCGUCCCUGACAAAGACGAUGAACCAGUCUUCUACUUUGGUGAUGUCGAGUACUCUGUGGAUGAGAGUGCCGGCUAUGUGGAAGUGCGGGUAUGGAGAACGGGCACUGACCUGUCCAGGUCUUCCAGUGUAACCGUGAGAUCUCGGAAAACAGAUCCUCCCUCUGCCGAUGCUGGAACAGACUAUGUGGGAAUCAGUCGUAAUUUAGAUUUUGCACCUGGAGUCAACAUGCAGACUGUUCGUGUUACCAUUCUGGAUGAUCUUGGACAACCAGUGCUGGAAGGAAUUGAGAAAUUUGAACUGGUGCUUCGUAUGCCAAUGAAUGCUGCCCUCGGCGAGCCCUGCAAAGCCACAGUGUCCAUAAAUGAUUCCAUCUCAGAUUUGCCUAAGAUGCAAUUCAAAGAACGAGUAUAUACUGGAAAUGAAAAUGAUGGGCAGAUAGUUGCAGUGAUCCACAGGAGUGGAGAUAUCCAGUACAGGUCUUCAGUGAGAUGCUAUACACGGCAGGGGUCUGCACAAGUGAUGAUGGACUUUGAAGAACGCCCAAAUACUGAGAUCUCCAUCAUCACAUUCCUCCCUGGUGAGACGGAAAAGCCUUGUAUCCUUGAGCUGCUGGAGGAUGUACUGUAUGAGGAGGUAGAGGAGCUCCGCCUGGUUCUCGGCACUCCACAAAGCAACUCUCCCUUUGGGGCUACAGUUGGUGAACAAAAUGAAACUCUGAUAAGGAUCCGAGAUGAUGCUGAUAAGACAAUUAUUAAAUUUGGAGAAACCAAAUUUAGCGUCAGUGAACCCAGAGAACCAGGACAGUCGGUGGUUAUAAAAAUUCCCGUGAUUCGCCAAGGAGACACCUCAAAGGUUUCCAUCGUGAGAGUCCACACCAAGGAUGGCUCAGCUACUUCUGGAGAAGACUAUCACCCUGUGUCGGAAGAAAUUGAAUUUAAGGAGGGAGAAACCCAGCACGUUGUUGAAAUUGAAGUAAUCUUUGAUGGGAUAAGAGAGAUGAGAGAGUCCUUCACUGUUCACCUAAAACCCGAUGAAAAUAUGAUAGCAGAGACGCAGAUGACCAAAGCCAUUGUGUAUAUAGAAGAAAUGAACAGCAUGGCAGAUGUCACUUUUCCUUCUGUCCCUCAAAUUGUGUCCUUACUGAUGUAUGAUGACACUUCCAGAGCUAAAGAGAGUGCUGGACCUGUGUCUGGCUAUCCUGUCGUCUGUAUCACAGCUUGCAACCCUAAAUAUUCAGACUAUGACAAAACAGGCUCUAUUUGUGCAAGUGAGAACAUCAAUGACACAUUGACGCGGUACCGAUGGCUGAUUAGUGCACCCGCUGGCCCUGAUGGUGUGACCAGCCCCAUGAGAGAAGUGGACUUUGACACCUUUUUUACGUCAUCCAAGAUGAUCACUUUAGACUCCAUAUACUUUCAGCCUGGCUCCAGGGUGCAGUGUGUGGCUCGUGCCGUGAAUGCCAAUGGCAAUGAGGGCCUGGAGCUGAUGAGUCCUAUUGUAACCAUUGGCAAAGAAGAAGGUCUUUGUCAGCCCCGGGUGCCAGGGAUAGUGGGAGCAGAGCCAUUCUCAGCUAAAUUGCGCUACACGGGCCCCGAGGACCCAGACUACGCAAACCUUAUCAAGCUCACUGUCACGAUGCCACACAUAGACGGCAUGCUCCCUGUGAUCUCCACCAAAGAGCUUUCCAACUUUGAGCUCACCCUCAGUCCGGAUGGCACGAGGGUUGGAAACCACAAGUGCUCCAACCUCCUGGAUUAUACUGAAGUGAAGACCCACCACGGUUUCUUGACUGAUGCUACAAAAAAUCCAGAAAUAGUUGGAGAGAUGUAUCCUUACCAGUACAGCUCAUCUAUCAGAGGUUCCAAUACCUUACGCUUCUACCGAAACCUGAACUUAGAGGCCUGCUUAUGGGAGUUUGUUAGCUACUAUGACAUGUCGGAACUUCUUACUGACUGUGGAGGCACCAUUGGAACAGAUGGGCAGGUCCUAAAUUUAGUGCAGUCCUAUGUGACUCUUCGAGUCCCUCUGUACGUUUCCUACGUGUUCCAUUCCCCCGUUGGGGUAGGAGGCUGGCAGCAUUUUGACUUGAAGUCAGAGCUGCGUCUCACGUUUGUGUAUGACACUGCCAUCUUGUGGAAUGAUGGAAUUGGCAGCCCACCGGAAGCCGAACUCCAAGGUUCUCUCUAUCCAACCAGCAUGCGCAUCGGGGAAGAAGGGCGCUUAGUCGUGAACUUCAAGACGGAGGCUCAAUUCCAUGGCUUGUUUGUGCUCUCACAUCCCGCAUCCUUCACAAGCUCAAUGAUCAUGUCAGCUGAUCAUCCAGGCCUGACGUUUUCCCUGCGCCUCAUAAGGAGUGAACCAACCUAUAACCAGCCAGUCCAGCAGUGGAGCUUUGUGUCUGACUUGGCAGUGCGUGACUACUCAGGAACCUACACUGUAAAACUGCUGCCAUGCACCACUCCAUCACAUCAGGAGUACCGCCUGCCAGUCAUCUGCAACCCCAGAGAGCCUGUCACCUUUGACCUUGACAUCCGAUUCCAACAGGUCAGUGAUCCAGUGGCAGCUGAGUUUAGCUUGAACACCCAAAUGUACCUACUCGCCAAGAAGAGUCUCUGGUUGUCUGAUGGAUCCAUGGGAUUUGGGCAAGAGAGUGAUGUUGCUUUUGCAGAAGGUGAUAUAAUUUAUGGUCGUGUCAUGGUAGAUCCUGUCCAGAAUCUAGGUGCUUCCUUUUACUGCAGCAUUGAGAAGGUGUUCCUGUGCACCGGAGCUGACGGCUACGUUCCCAAGUAUAGUCCAACAAAUGCAGAAUAUGGCUGCUUAGCUGAUUCUCCUUCUCUCUUAUAUAGAUUUAAAAUUGUGGACAAAGCUCAGCCAGAGACACAAGCCACCAGUUUUGGAAACAUCUUGUUUAAUGCCAAACUGGCAGUGGAUGACCCUGAAGCUCUUCUUUUAGUGAACCAGCCUGGAUCUGAUGGAUUUAAAGUCGACUCAACACCUCUCUUUCAGGUUGCUCUGGGCCGAGAAUGGUACAUACACACCAUCUACACAGUGAGGUCAAAAGACAACGCCAAUCGAGGCAUUGGUAAAAGAAGUGUGGAGGACCAGUACCACUCUCUGGUGGGUCAAGGGAAGCCCCAGGCAAAUACCAAGAACCGGAAGAGGAGGGAGAUGCGGAGCACACCCCCUCUGGUGUGGGAAAUUGGUGCUGAAAACAACCGAGGAACAAACAUCCAGCACAUUGCCCUGGACCGCACCAAGAGGAAGCAGAUCCCCCAAGGGCGCGUUCCUCCUGACGGCAUUCUCCCCCGGGAGCUCAACAGUCCCAGCUCUGAGGUCAGCCUGGUCAUGAUUGUGGGGGGCAUCGCCGUGGGAUUACUCACCCUCUGCCUCACUGCCAUUCCAGUGAUGAUGUGCAAGAGCAAGAAGAGCACCAGGAGGAAGGAUGCUCCGAAGGGCUUAGGCAGCAGCAGGCCCAUGAUGCCCCCACAGAGCCACCACAGCGACAGCUCAGAGGUUUGAUGACUGCAAGUGGAAUUAAACCUUUUCCUCGAGUGCGUCAGAAAAGACAACAGAAUCCCAAAUGCUUCUUGUAAAUGGCAUAAAAUUGGAGACUUCUGUGAUGAAGCUGCUCAGAGGAACUGACUGUACUAAUGAACUUUGAUUUGAAUUCUGUCUACUCUUUCAUGCAUCAAAAGACAAAUUCAGGCCGCAGACCAUAUCCUUCCUCUUGCCCAGAAGGCAACAACAAUGUAUUCACACAUACACAGAGCCAUAGAUGGACGAUGAGGAAUGUAUUUCUCAUUUUAGGCAUUUUCUCUACACAGUGGAGAUGAACCUAUUCAAAGGUGCUAACAAGACUCUCAGAAGUUUUAAGAGUAGUCUAUUGUUGCUAUAUUAGUAUGAACGUUGAAGGUGCAAUUGUCACAUUGUUUAUUCAUUGUAUAACGGUUUGUUACUAGAAAGAUUUUAAUUGGUAGUCUGGAAGAAUGAUAAACACACUGUUUAUGACAAGUUUUCUAAUUGGCGAAGACGGCACAGAAUUAUGACCAGGGGUAGCUCAACCCACAAAUUACCUUUUCUACUACUUGGGAGGGAGCGGAAGAAAGAUAGAGGGAAAGUAACUCACUAACUUGGGUUUGAAUUGUUUCUCAUCCUCUGCAGACCCUCCUUGUUUUAUUUGCGUAUUUAAUUUUAAAUUAAACCAAAGAAUAUGCUAAGUCUGGAACAGAUUGAUGAGGCAAGACUGCUCUAUUUUGGUAUACAGUGAGAAAUAGCAGAGUUCUUGCAUGAUAAUAUAUGUUAUUGGUGCUCAACAUUUGUAGGAAAUGAGAGGGUUGGUGACACUUUGAUGAUGAAGAAAUGCCAUAGAGUUAGAUUUACAUUUACAAGACAACGUUCUCUAAGAACUGAGCCUAGAUGUUUGCAGUAUUGAACUCAUAAAUGAUAAUGAGAAACAUCAUUACAGAUGGUAGAGAGAGAAAGUGGUAUUUAUUAAUAUAAUAUGUUUAACCAAAGUGCCUCUUAUACAUACUUUAUAGAAUAAAAGAACAUUGUAACAGAUGAUACAUGAGGUUAAUCCUCAGAGUAGCAUAAUCACACAACAAUGUCCAGAACUUAAAUUGGCCAUUGGAGAUUUCAUUAGCUUUCUAAUAGACAUCUGGUCCAAACCAUGGGAAUCUCUGCAACUGUCAUUCCAGUGAUAGUCUUGGAGGUGGCCAGCGUCACUGAUCAUAUUCUUCUUUGAUCAAAGCAGAAAACAUCAGUCUCGGGCAUCUCCAGUUCAGUGAACUGAUGCAGUGAGGUCCAUCUCAGUAUCUAAAAAUAUAAUUUGUAGCACUGCCUACAGUGUUAAAAAACAAGGAACUUGAGUGAGGUUGCUCAGCAAACCUCCUAUUGCCUUUCUGAGAAAUGUGCUUUCACCAAAUGGCAGAAAUUUCGGUUCAAAAGGGAAAACGUCAGUAGUUUAAUGAGCAGUCUUCCCAAAGCUAGUAAAUGUAUUUCAAACAAGACUAAGGUCAGGAGAAAAAGAAUCAUACCUAAAGAGUAACCCUCAAGUGCUGCCCAGGAUCCCCUUUCACUUUUAGUCAUAAUCUGACCAAGCUGGACAUCCCGAUGGAAUGGAGAUUUCUAGAAGGCCAACAUCUCCUCAGGUCAUACAGGCACAUCUUAUCUGGUGUUUGUGAGCACCAACCAUUUCUUGAUUGAAAAAAGGAAGCUACACUGGUGCUGAGAGAGAGUUGAAAAGUGUCUAAUACUUGCCUCUCUUCUUUGGGGCAGCUCUGCACGUAACCUUCAAAGUUUUCUAAAGAACAGAGUAGACUGUAGUCUCCUUCCAUUGGGGAAUUUACAAAUGUCACCUGCAACUCAAAUGUCCCCCAAAGAACUUACAGAAAUGGAAAAUACUGUAUAGCCCAGGAGUUCAUGUGUCAAAUAUUUAUUAUUAAUAUCAAAUAUUAAUACUUUCUUAAUUAUCCCCUUUUCUUUUGCUUUGCCUUCUGGCAGAUGCUUAGGUACUUCUUUAGCUACCUCAUCACUUGUUUUAAAGAAUGAGCAGGAGUUAAGCAGCUUCAAAUAGUGCAUGGACUUUUUACUACUUAGCAAUGGGUUCAACAUACCUAGACUGUUAGAGCAAGUACUCUCAAUCUACUUUGUUACUCUAGUAUUUAAGAUGCUUCGGAGCCUGACUAUCAUGCAGUCUUGAGGAUAUCUGUCACUGAAUAUAGUAGUCAGUGAAGCAUCAUUAAAACAAGUCUGUUUUGAGCCUUUGGGCCAGGCUGGUUUUAUACCCAAUUUCACUCUACAAUGAGUUGUUCUAAUGAGACUUCUAAGUAUAAAUUGGAGAACUUAGAGAACAUGUCUGUUCUUUCCUACUGAAGAAAAAUCUCUCCCUCUCUACCCAUCUCCUUUUCUCUUUCUCUCCUCUCUCUCUCUUCUUCCUUCCCUUCCUCCCCUUGAAAAAGAGUCUGUGGGAAAUAGGCAGAUACAGCUUUCUUAAGUAUAGAGUACUUGGAUUUCUGCAUCAUUUUCUUAAUAUCUAUUUACUUAAUAUGUGAUUUAAUAUACAUUAAUAAUAAAAAACUCUUUUUAGUAGACAAAAGAAUCAGACAAAAUGCUUUCUCGUUCAAUACAACAGACCCUUAUUUCAAUAUUUUGUUUUUAGAGAAUUAUUCUGAUACUGUCAGAACAAAUGCAUAAAAUAACUUUCCAUAGAGAACAGGAUGUAAGCAACAAUGUUACAACAGGAUGUAAGUUCCUUAGAUACUCAGCAGCUUCUGACCCCAAUUAAAACAAGGUCUUCUUGAUAUCACAUAGUAAACCCAAAACACAAAAAUAAAUAUUAAGCAUUAGUGGCUCUCCUAGCAUAUGAACCAUGAAGCAUUAGAACACAUCAUUGUGUUUUAAUAAUGGUUGUAUUUAUUCCAGUUCAUUCCCUCAGUUAACAUUUACUGAAUGCUCACCUAGGAUUAGUCACUUUGAAAACUUACUUAGAAACCAAGCUACUCUCCCUGCCCUUGGGCAGAUUAUAAUCAAAUGUGGCUCUUUCUUUGGACUAAAGGGAUCAAGAUUCGCCUUAGGUGGGUUUGGAAGGACAAUUCCAUUAAAUUACUGAUUGGAAAUAUUUUAUAUUAGAUCUGUCAUCAGAAUGAUCCAUAACAUGUGGGGUGUUUUGAGAUGAAAGAGUGAACUCUACUGCUGGUGCUCUGGAGAGAUUUUUAAGUUGUGGUUCACAGAUACGCCUGGUGUGUUCUUGGUCCUGGGGCCAAGACUCACACAGGGAAAGUACAUUGCAGAGAUGUGGGUGGCCCCUGCAUAUUUGUUUCCUCCUAAUGGAAGACAGGAGCACUUUAUUCUAAGAGUGAGAUACAGCACAUGAGCUCUUCUUUCAGUGCUUUAACAUCAUCAGCAACUCGCACAAGCAUCUACAAUGUUUGAACAAUAUGAGAGAAGGUCAACUAGAAUUCUGCUACCAUGCUACUGCAUAGCAUUUGUGAUAAGAAGGACCAACUCUAGGCUCAAUAUGAAGAGAUUUAGUUCUGUAAGCAGCAAAAGAACUGCUUUAUCAUGUUAUCUUAACUGUAAUUCUUCUCCAGGGUGCCAACAUCAAGAUCAACUUUAAAAAUGACAAUGGACCUGUGUGAAAAAUCACAGAGAGCCUUUCCUCAUAAAAAUCAGUGCUAAGGGUUAAAAUAGUCUCUGACUGAGAAAUGUUAAAGUAACAAUAACAGAACAAAACCAGAACAUUUAGAUUUUAAAAGUUGGAAAUUUGAUUUCUGCUACUAUUUUGAAAAUAUCUAUUUAAUAUUGACUUGGAAACCAAUUUAGUCCUUUAAUAGGAAAAAGAAAAAUAUUUAUACGGGUACAAAUUUUUUACAAAUUUGAAAUUUAUAUAAUUGUAUUAAUUUGAAAACAAGCGUGUUAUGAUUCUUUGAAACGCUUUCAUUUUUUCUAGCCAUGAUAGCAAUAAUAAAGGGAUGUCUUCACUAAUCAUGUAGCCUGAAAUGUUCAAUCAGUCCAACUUGCCGAGGCUUAGAAAUGUGUGAUUUGGCAGGAAACUAGAAAUACUACUGUUAUCACACAGACACGCACACAGGCACACACGCAUAUAAUAACAACCAACAUCUCACUUCUAGAAAAAGAUGACCCUAAAAACAUAAUUCUAACUGAAAUGGCCCAUAUGAAGAUUUUCAAGAAGAUAAACAGUGAUCAUUUGUGAAAACAGUAUCGUGGGAGUUUCUCUGACAUUAGUUCAAAGGUUAAUGUGUUUCCUUAAGAUUUUUCCUAGGAUUGAUUCCAGUAUUGCAUGGUAAUAACAUAGAAAUUAUUAUCCAUGGGUUUAAAGUAUCCCUCACUGUCUAUUUCUCCUUGUUUUUAUGUCCUUUGAUGUUAGGAACAAAAGACUUUGAGAUUCGGAUAGUUAUUUUGAUUUUGAUAGGAGAUUUUAAAAUAGAAGUGCAUGGUAUUUUCCUGCAGUUUUUACCGGAAAGAUUACACAGAAAAUUUUUAAAUAGGGAAAGAAAGCUGAUUCUCUCUCUUGAACUAAAGUAGAUAAAACAAAAUACAUUAAUGUGGGACUCUCUUUUGAUUUAAUCUAUUUGGAGAAAAAUCAGAAUAUUGAAUUUGCAAACUGUUAGAUAAUUAUGUUUUCUUCCUUAUCUUUCACGUGCAUUUAUUUCCUUUUCCCUAGUAUUUGUUUGUGUAUGGUUUUUUCAGUAUUGUAUUUUGCUAAAGAAUAACAUCAAAAAAAAGCGUGCUCUAGCAAUGACAUCUACUUUUCUUUUCCUUUCUUUUUUCCUUUCUUUCUUUAAUCGACUAGGGUUAUUCUUUCUCUGAGAUUUGUUUUUCAUUCUUUCAGUAAUGCUUCACUUUUAGUUUUGAAACCAUUACCAUUUUCACUACGUAAUUAGCAUUCUCAUUCAUCUGAAAGCUGGCAAGUGUGCACAGCCUGUGUGCAGUAUCCCUCAUUUAUAUAAUGUUAAGGCUUUUGGAUGAAGGAAAAAAGAACUCCCUGCAAAAAAUCAAAAGCAUCAUAUUGAAGGAUGUGAUGACAAUCUGUGCCUUGAUUUCUCUCAGUGGCAGUUCAACGUUGACAUAAGAUGUAAAAAGAUCUCUUUGGGGAUUUAAUUGAGUACAAAUAAAAGGGUCAAAGAUCACAUAUAUGAAGUUGUUUUGGAUGACUGAAUACUUUGCAAUGAAAUAAAUGGCAAAAAGAAAAUUUGUUAAAAUGUUAACAGCAUUGAAGUGUGUAAAAUUAUAAUUAUCAAAUGCUUUUUACUAUUAGCCAGCUGCCUGCACUGCUGCUUACAUGAUUCCUUAAACACUCUAAGUGAAUUUCUACUACAGAUAUUUACUUUUUCCAAUGUUUGAAUAAUCCUCUCACAUAAGAAUUGUCAGUAUUGUGCCUUAAAAAAGAAGAAAGAAAAAAGAGAAAUGUAAAUUUUUUAAAACAAACAUUAAAGAUGAAGAGCAUUAUAAUAAAAAUCACUUAAAAUAUAGAAAGGCAUUUACCGGUAAGAAUAAAAGAUAAUUUCUGGAGGGGCCAAACUUAAGCACAUUAAAAAAAAAGUACAAAGCAGAGUCUUUCUCUGUGGCUUCAGGAACUCAACUUUUUGGCAAGAUAUUUUUUUAAGCCCCUUUGUCUAUAAAAGAAAACUUUAUCCUGGACAAGGAGUUGUGUGUUUUAUAAUUGUGUUAAAUGCUUGCUUCCUUCUCAAGUGCCCUGUGAAACACUCAGUAAAUUUAUAUUUACCUAGCCACUGAGUGCCAGGUCUGUGUGUAAUGGAAUUAUUUCAGAACUUAAUAAGCCUUGUGAUUUUCCCAGGAGAAUCCUUCAAAAACUAACACGGUCUGGUUUUUUCAUAUAUUUACUAGGAUACUGCAUAUUUGCUGGAUAUCGAAGUUUAUCUCUGGGAAUCCAAUUAUGCAAAUAAUUUGGAGCCAUUCAGUCUUAAAUUCAUGUCUAAAAUAAUUCUUACUACCAUUGUUUUCCUUCAAAAUAUAUCACAUGUUUAAUAAAGCCCAUAUAAUAUAAA